AUGCACAGAAUUCUGUGGAGAAAUGUGAAAAGAAAUGGUGGAUUAGAUUUGAAUUUAGUUUACUCAUUGGCUUUGUUGGAGCCUUUGAAGUUUGGAGAUGUAGAGACUGUAGUUAGAGCAGUAUGAUUAUGAUUAUUCAGUAUGGCCUAGCCCAGAGAUUGUGGGCCUGACAGAUGAGACGGGAAGUAAAACUGCUAAUUAACCGUCUUCCUUCAUUUGUAUUUAUUGUUCGAAAGUGAAAGAGUCUUGCGAGAUGGCUGAGUCUGAACAAAAUGCUAACUGGGUACAGCUUCGUGUUCUUGGACAAGGAGGAUUUGGCGUGGUAUCUCUGUGGCAAAAUGAGGAGACUAAGGCCCAGAUUACAAUAAAAGAAUGCCGUUUAAAAGGAGAUAUGAAGGAGAAAAUGUGGGAGAGAUGGAAGAUGGAAGUUUAUAUCAUUGGAAAACUCAAUCAUGACAAUGUGAUUCACGCUGUGGAGUUGCCCAGUAUGUUGGAACCUCAGCCUGGAGACCCACCUGUGUUAGCAAUGGAGUUCUGUGAAGGUGGAGAUUUAAGAAAGGUACUGAACAAACCAGAGAACUGCUGUGGUUUGAAAGAGAGUGAAAUACGCCAGCUGGUGACCGGUGUGGGAAGUGCCAUUGAAUACCUUCACAGUAACCGCAUCAUUCACAGAGACCUGAAACCUGAGAAUAUUGUUUUGAAGCAUGUCGAUGAGCACAAGACGCUUUACAAGAUCAUUGACCUGGGCUAUGCAAAAGAGUUGGAUGUGAGCAGUGUGUGCAACUCAUUUGUUGGUACUAUGCAGUAUUUGGCCCCAGAGUUAUUUGCAACAAGACCUUAUUCAAAGACUGUGGAUUAUUGGUCCUUUGGUUCCCUUGUGUUUGAAUGCAUUGCUGGCUUCCGCCCAUUUCUUCCAACUGCGAACCCUGUUGAGUGGAAUGAACAUGUUUCCAAGAAGUCUCCCGAUGACAUAAGUGCUCAGUUUGAUGAGCACAAAAAGAUAAAGUUUUCGAAAGAGCUGCCUUUGCCAAAUCAACUAUGCAGACCACUCCGUGGCUACUUUGAGCAGUGGCUUGCGUUGAUGUUGAGAUGGGAUCCAAAGGCUCGUGGUGGAGGUGUCAUUGACAUUCAGGGCAUUGAGAGGCCCAAGUGCUUCUACCUCUUGGAACGAAUCUUAAGUUUGAAGCUGUUACACAUUCUUCAUGUGGAGGCUAAUACCGUGCUGUCGUACACAGUGGAUGAGACGAAGACAAUUGCUAUGGUGCAAGCUGCCAUCGAGGAAAGAACUGGAGUACCCAGAGAAGCUCAAGACAUUAUCUUGGCCAAUGGAGUCAAACUGAAUCCAGGAGACCUAGCUGUACAGGGUUGUUGCGAGUCGAAUGUGGAUGACUUGAUUUUAUUUUUGUUCCGCCGACAAACCAUAAACAUGGACUCUUAUCAAAAGUCAGAACUCCCUCCACCUGUUCAGGCUAUAUUGAGGGAAACUAAAACGCUUCUCCCUCUCAAGGAUCAUCGGAAAUCCUGGGCUCAGGCAGUGUGCUGGUGUGCUGAACAGAACAGGGAUUACAAACGUUUAAUACUGAGUCAUAGAGCAGCCUUACUGAGUUUACUUCGCAGCAAUUCCCAGAUAUCUAAACUGAAAAUCCAAAUGGUAUCUGAUAUUGGCAAAUUAAUGGCAUGCAAAGAGCAGUUCAGUCUGAGUUUGGAAUUUGAUAUGCAACAGUAUCGCACUACAAUGGAAGCUGGUGGCAGAAUGCUGAAUGGAUUUUGUGGCAACAUGUUUCAACAGUGGAGCCAGAUGGCUCAACAGAUCAAUUCUUUCAAUACCUUGCAUGACCGAGUGAAAAGUAUUGAGGACAGGGUUGCUGUACUAACAACAGAAAUUUUAGAACUUCAGAGGAGUCCAUAUGGGAAGCCAAAACAGGCUACUGAACUGGAAAUUUUUGAACAAAAAGCAAAGUCCCUUUAUGAUGAACUUCUCAAAGGAGAUAAAACAGAAAUGAUGGACCAUUCUCGCAUGGUGGACGUGGUGGGAAAGGCCUUUGUGAAGAGAGAUGAAGUCACCAAAGUUUUGUUUAAACACUUAAGCAAAGUUGUUGACUGCCAAUUCAGGACAGAAUCCAUACUUCCAGAUUUGAAACUUUCUUGUGAAGACAUUGAGGCUGCUAGAAAACAGCUGGUGUCAAUGCAACAAUGUCGACAAGCUGAUAUCUGGAAUCUCGUGAGACAAAAUGAGUCAUCUGUGAGUAGACCAAGCACCAUGAUGAGCAUGGACGUAGCCUCGAUGUCUUCAAACAUGGAGUCGCUGAGACUCAUGGAUGAUUGCAAAGUAAAUUCUCAGAGGUGAGCUGAUAAUGUUUACAAAACCUAAAAUUCUAGAUUAACUCACUGGACUCUGGCCAGUCCGGAAUCUCAAUGGUCUCCCUGUUGUACUGGCCAUUUUCACAAUUUUUCAAAAAUUUCUGAGGAAUGUAAAUACUGAGCUACUGGCUUCAUUUUUUGGCACGUAUAAUGAUACAUUUCUCCUCUUUAUAAUACUUUAAACUUUACUUUGUCUUCUUUUAAUAAUUUUUUCUCACAAAUUUUAGAGAUAUCCCUGUUUUCAGUUUGGGAAAAUAUUUCUGUUCACUGAAUGUGACAAAAUAUAACACCGAAAACAACUUAUUGUAAUGCAAAAAUAUGAGGACUAGAUAUAUGUAUCAGUGCUUCCACUCUUCCGUAUUUUUACGGAAUUCCGUACUUUCUGCCAGUUCCGUACUUGUUCCUACAUCAUUAUCAACUCCCUCCGUGAAAAGCUGCGAUUGCGUAGGGCUACCGAAAUUCCGUAGCAAAAGAUCCGUAUUCGCCUUCGUAUCGUCUAGUACUAGUAUAGGUUACGGAUAUAACGGUAAUUCUCUCGACAAAAAGUUAAUGUUAUAGAAACCUGCCAGAUUGCGCUUUUCCUGCAAUCUGCCAUGAUUCCGCUAUGCCCCAUGUAUUCAUUGCGGGUUGGUCGGCAGUACAUUUUUACCUGUGGAUUGAUCAAAAUCUGGCGAACUUUUUGUGCCAAUUUCCUCCAUUGUAUCAUUCACUCAUUCCGUCUAUCUUCAUAUUGUUACUGCAGCUGGAAAAUCUGCGCGUUGAUCCAGUAAAUUGACUUGUGAUCUUAGACAGAAAAUUACUGUCAGAUAGAAACUUUUUUUACAAAUUUGUCUAGAUCUAGAUCAAUGAUCAAUACGAAGAUUAUGGCACGCGAAUGCGAUAAGGGCCGCCAUGAAAGAAAUUUUUGCUAAAACCAGCCUAAAACUACUAAAGUCAAGAAUAAUUCAAAGUGGUGUAUUGAGGUUGUGACAUGCGACAUUCAGGCGUGAAAUUUAAGGAAAAUUAGGGUAUACAUCGGGUAACUGUAUUGUGAAGGUACGACUUCUAAGGUCACCAAAGUGAAAGUAGUUUUUCAUCAAUACUACUUCUGUUUUUAAGAAAUUUUCAUUUCUGGUAAGUACAAUGAUUUAACUAAAACUUUGAUAAAGAAUUAUAUUGCAUUGUUAGAUCGUCUUCUGAAAAAAAUGCAAAAACCCGAUCUUGUCUAUGUUUAGGAUCAGGGCUCAGUGGAUAUCCCAUCUAUGUCCCUGACCAGAGCUCUGUGAGUUAAUAGACACAUUCUCACUCCUGAAAGAGAAGGCUCUGACUGGUUCUUGAGGUUUGAGAAAUAAUAGUAAUGGUACUCCCUCAUUUGGCAAAUGGAAUGAAAGGGCAAGGAACACACAUCUUGGUAGUACAAUGGUUAUCAAUUUUUUUCAUAUCUGUAAAGGACAAUACUUUUUUUCUGUUUUGAGCCUAGGUCCCAUAAUUUUGAUGAUGUUAACUUUUCUCCACCACAUCAUAAACUGAUUUCCUAGAUGUUCAAAGUGUUGACAUUCUGAAACAACACCACCACAAAAACCAUCUCGAUCUUGUCCUCCAUCCAUGCUGUUGAAUUGAAGAGAGAAACUUUUCUAUGAAACUGCUGGGGCUCCCAAAACCUGUAUUGCUAAUACUAUUUAUGGGUUGUUGUUGUUUUUGGUUUUUUUGUGAGAAUGUAGAAGAGUGAUUACUGGGAAGGCAAUUUUCUGAAUGCUAAAUAAUGUGUGUGUUCUCUGUAAUGAUGUUAUGAAUUUCUGAAAACAUUGACUUUAAAUCAAUGAAAGCUUUUUUUUCUCUCAGUGUCAUGAGCAUUUUGUGCAAGUCUAUUCUAAUCUGGUGGCACAUCCUUGUCUAGUUCACUCCCAUCAUUUAUUAUUUAGAGUACCAGAAGCUGUAUCAAGAAAUGAGUUUUUAAGCACACAGACUUGCUGUUUGUAUGAAAUGAUCUUUGUAGAUUUAUUAUGAUUUUGGUACAUAUAUUGCUAAAGUUGAACUGAUUAAUGAAAAGCUGGCAUGCUUUGGAGAAAUGGAGGUAGACGUUUCCUGGAGACAAGAACCACUUACCUACCAAUCUGUCCUCAGAGAAAGUUGCAUUUGAAAAUAGCAAAAGUUGCAAGAAAAAUUAGCAAAAGUUGCAAGAAAAGUUGCGAAACGUGUAUAGCUAAAAAAAAAAAAAAA